GAUGUUGCCUCGAUUCGUUUCGUGUGUGUCGCCAUUUUGUUGGUCCAUGGUAUUAUUGAGUGGUGAAAAAGAAGUUACUGUAUUUUAAACCCCGCGUUUUAUGUGUAUCGUCUAAAAUGUCGAAACGACGAAUCGAAGUCAUGGACCCCUUCAUUAAGAAGAAAAGAGAGGAAAAGGCGGCUGCAGCGGCCGCUAGAGGGGAGAAGGGGGAGAGUUCAGACAGUGCGGCUACACUGGGCUCUGCCAUGCCGCCUACUGCCACCAGCACACCAGGAGUCAAUCCGCUUACGGGUCUCCCCCACUCGCAGCGCUAUCACGAGCUCCUCCGACGCCGCCUGGGGCUCCCCGUGUGGGAGUACAAGAACGAUUUCAUGAGACUCCUCAACACGCACCAGUGCGUCGUGCUCGUCGGCGAAACCGGCUCCGGCAAGACCACGCAAAUACCACAGUGGAGCGUUGAGUUCGCUGCUGUCACCGCUGGCAAGUCCAAAGGUGUCGCUUGCACGCAGCCAAGGAGAGUAGCUGCUAUGUCUGUAGCUCAGCGAGUCGCUGAAGAAAUGGAUGUGGUUCUCGGCCAGCAAGUCGGUUACAGCAUCCGAUUUGAAGACUGCUCCGGACCGCACACCUUACUCAAAUACAUGACUGACGGUAUGUUGUUGCGGGAAGCCAUGUCUGACCCUAUGUUAGAUCAAUACAGAGUGAUUCUACUUGACGAAGCUCACGAAAGGACACUAGCCACAGAUAUUUUGAUGGGAGUUCUAAAGGAGGUCAUCAAACAGCGCACAGAUUUGAAGCUAGUUAUUAUGUCUGCCACGUUAGACGCUGGUAAAUUCCAGCAGUACUUCGAUAAUGCUCCGCUCAUGAACGUACCAGGUCGUACUCAUCCUGUAGAAAUUUUCUACACACCGCAGCCUGAACGAGACUAUCUAGAAGCAGCCAUUCGUACUGUAGUCCAAAUUCAUAUAUGCGAAGAAAUCGCUGGCGAUAUACUUCUAUUCCUAACUGGUCAAGAAGAGAUUGAAGAUGCUUGUAAGCGAAUUAAGAGAGAAAUAGACAAUUUAGGGCCAGAUGCUGGGGAGUUAAAGUGUAUACCGCUAUAUUCAACCUUGCCACCGAAUCUGCAGCAGAGAAUCUUUGAACCAGCGCCUCCGAACAGGUCAAAUGGAGCGAUAGGACGAAAGGUGGUGGUGUCGACCAAUAUUGCUGAGACUUCGCUGACCAUUGAUGGCGUGGUGUUCGUGAUUGACCCUGGAUUUGCGAAACAGAAGGUGUAUAAUCCUCGUAUCAGAGUGGAGUCGCUUUUGGUGUCUCCAAUUAGUAAGGCCUCCGCCCAGCAGCGCGCCGGCCGCGCCGGGCGCACCCGCCCCGGCAAGUGCUUCCGGCUCUACACGGAGAAGGCCUACAAGAAUGAGAUGCAGGACAACACCUAUCCGGAGAUCCUGAGAUCGAACUUAGGGUCUGUAGUUUUGCAGUUGAAAAAGCUGGGCAUAGACGACCUGGUGCAUUUUGACUUCAUGGACCCGCCGGCCCCGGAGACCCUUAUGAGAGCAUUGGAGCUACUCAACUAUUUGGCUGCCUUGGACGAUGACGGCAACCUGACAGACCUCGGUGCGGUGAUGGCAGAGUUCCCCCUCGACCCUCAGCUGGCUAAAAUGCUGAUUGCCAGCUGUAACCACAACUGCUCCAACGAGAUCCUCUCCAUCACAGCCAUGCUGUCGGUACCCCAAUGCUUCGUGAGGCCGAACGAGGCCCGCAAGGCCGCCGACGAGGCCAAGAUGCGUUUCGCACACAUCGACGGGGACCAUCUCACGCUCCUCAACGUCUACCACGCCUUCAAACAGAACAUGGAAGACCCGCACUGGUGCUACGACAACUUCAUCAACUACCGCUCGCUCAAGUCCGGAGACAACGUGCGCCAACAGCUCUCCAGGAUCAUGGAUAGGUUUAAUUUGAAACGGACAAGCACAGAAUUCACAAGCAAGGACUACUACAUUAACAUAAGAAAAGCGCUGGUAAAUGGAUUCUUCAUGCAGGUGGCGCAUUUAGAACGUACCGGGCACUACCUCACCGUGAAGGACAACCAGAUUGUCCAGCUCCAUCCCUCCACGUGCCUCGACCACAAGCCCGACUGGGUCAUCUACAACGAGUUUGUGCUCACCACUAAGAACUACAUCAGAACAGUCACCGACAUCAAGCGUGAGUACUGACAGUACAGAGUGAAGGUCAACCAGAUAGUCCAGCUCCAUCCCUCCACGUGCCUCGACCACAAGCCCGACUGGGUCAUCUACAACGAGUUCGUGCUCACCACUAAGAACUACAUCAGAACAGUCACCGACAUUAAACGUGAGUACUGACAGUACAGAGUGAAGGUCAACCAGAUAGUCCAGCUCCAUCCCUCCACGUGCCUCGACCACAAGCCCGACUGGGUCAUCUACAACGAGUUUGUGCUCACCACUAAGAACUACAUCAGAACAGUCACCGACAUCAAGCCUGAAUGGCUACUAAAGAUAGCCCCGCAGUACUAUGAGUUAAACAAUUUCCCCGUCUGCGAAGCCCGACGGCAGCUGGAACUGCUGCAGGCACGGUUGGACUCCAAGCCCUACCAGGAAGGGUUUUAGGCUAAGCUAGACCUAGUUAUAAUCUAGACCUUAAUACACUGACACUGCGAGUGGCCCGAGAUGCCUUUGAGAUACAAGUUUAGUUUUAAAAAUCUACAGGGACCGUACGCGUAGGUCUGCCAUCUUGUGGCCUGAAUCGGAAAUUACAUUGUCAAAGCAAUUGCUGCCAUCUACCGUUCUCGUGCGUUUUCUUGUGCAUAGUAGGUUCUGCCAUCUUGUGGCCUACGUCGGAAGCAUAAACUUCACAUUUACCCCUCGCGCCAUAAAUCUGACGGCUCCUGUACUGCCCUCUAUAGUUCAUGCACGUUCCCUAUUAACAUUUGUGCCAUCCUCAACCAAAAGGGUACUUAUUGUCGGUUGUCAAUAAGGCGCUAUUUCCAUGUGGCUUCAAUUUGAAAUCAACCUUAUUGACAAGCGACAAUGUGGUACCUUUUGGUUGAAAAUGUCACAUUUAUUCGUGCUUGAAGACAACAUUGUGACAUCAACAAUUUGAAAUUUGUAGCACAUUGCAAUAUUUUGUCUUAUAUAGUUUAAAAAUACCACAAUGGAUGAUUUGUUAUGGAUUUAAUUUAUAAGAAUUAUUUUUUUUGGACAGUAAACAGUGAAAAAAGAAUAUGCGAUUGCAUAAAAUUUAUCAAUCUUUUAAACAAUGAUACAUACACGUUUUCGUCAUAGGUUAUACAAAAUAAUCAUAUGUUGAAAAGUUUUAAUGUUCGCCCUGUAUGUUUUAAUAAAAUACAUAUUAGAUUAUGUCAGUCUCAUAUUUAUGUGAAUUUCAUAAUCUACGUGAUCUUGAUUAUUAGAAAUUAUUUGUAAUUCGUUAUAAAUAUUGUGACGCAUUUAAAAAUGGCAAUUGGCAAAAUGGCCUGUAAUUUAAAAAAGUGGCGAGUUGUGCUCAUAGCAUAAAAAUAUGCUUAUGAUGUUGGCGUGUGAGCCAUGUUUUUGAAUAUGAGAUGUGGGUUUUAAUAUGAAAAGCUUACACUAUAGAUAUACAAUAGUUAUUUGCGAUAAAAUUGCGAAUUACCUAUUCGCACGUGUAUCGUACAACGUUUUACCUUUAAAUUUUCGACGCAGUUACGUAAUGUGCUUAUUAUAGCACAGGGUGUCGUAAUGUAGCACCAGAUGUACUGUAAAAUAAUGAAAAUACCACUCGUGAUGUUUUUCGUAUAUAGCACGCUAGGCUAGUCGGCGUUAGAUAUUUGUCAACUAUAUUGCUUGUGAGGUCUCCAAACCGCACUGGGUCUACGUGGAGCCCUAUGUGCAAGUUGUGUAACUAUUGAUGUCAUUACUGUGAUGGUUUUAUUAUUUUUAACCUUUUCGCCGUGUCAAACACAAAAGCAGUCUCAUCCAGACGCCACGUCACCGAAGUGUCAAAACUAAAAUUGAACUUGAUGCACAUGCACGUAGGUCGAUGUUGCUCUGUGGUCUAUGACCUAUUAAUCGGUAUUUGACGUUGAACCUACGGUGCGUAUAUAUCGGUCAUUGGCGUCCAAAAGGUUAAUAGGCCACGUACUCAUGUGAGGAUACCACAGUAUAAGUAAAAUUAAGUAAGUCGCUUGCCUGUUUUUCAUUCCUUUUAUAGUUGCCAAAUAUCUGACGCUCGCUCUGUAUUAUGUGGUAUAAAAGCUGUAUUUAGGACGGAUGUGUGGGCGAUCAAAAUAUACGUUAUACUGUAAGGUA